GUACUCACGCGUGUGUAGUUGUAAAGAGCAAUAAAAUGCAGCUGUAAAUUCACAACGUCAACAAAAAGAUAAACUUGUGUGCGCGUAGCGACAUACAGCUGUCGUGUUAACGUCUAUGUAAAAUGCCAGUGUGCUCCGCGUUCAAAUGCAAUGCUCGUACUGGGUGUAAAAAAGACAACAACAAAGUGACAUUUCACAGGUUCCCACUAAAGCAUCCCGAGAGACUCAAAAUAUGGAUCCGUAUCACGCAGAAAGAUGACUGGAUGCCCACGCCCAAUUCGGUCCUGUGCUCUCGACACUUUAAGGAGGACUGCUUUGACAGGACUGGUCAGACCACACGAAUCAGGGAGGGUGCAGUCCCAACCAUUGUCCUUUUCCCCCGCUACUCGAAGAAAUCUCAGCUGUUAGAGAGCCAGCAAUGUGAGCAAAAGAAAGUGACAAGGUCCCCUCGGCGACAGCGAGGCCGGCGUGGGAGGCGGGCCCACCCUAAAAAAGCGGGCCCGAGAGCUGAGCAGGCCUCCAACGUGAACCCACCUGCAAGCCAGAGCUCCUCCAGUGAGGCACCCCCUCCAGACCCUGACCCUGACCCCAGCAGUAAUGAGGCUGAAAGCCUUCCCCUGGCGGAGGGUCCUAUGGGCCAGGACGUGCCCAAUUCGGACCCCUCAUGCUCGAUGAUGGCUACAGCUGCGGUGGAGUACCGGCCCAGUGUCCUGACCUAUUUCAGCUAUGUGCCGCGGGUGGAGCCCAAGCCGCUGCUCCCCCUCGACCACCCGUAUGCUGUGACCGAGUCACCUGUCAAACUGAAGCGGCGCUGCAACGACAUCACGGACCGGCUAGAGGAGUGCCGGCGCAAGCUGAAAAUGGAGCAGCAGAAGGUGCGGCGCUGGCACCGUGAUGUUGGCCGGCUUAAGUCAGUGGUGAAGGCGCUGCGCCGGGAGAGCGCCACGCCAGCCAGCUGCACCGAGCUGGUGGAGGAGAACUUCAGCGGCGUGCCCAAGGAACUGGUAAAGAGGAUGCUGGGGGAGAAGCGAGGCCCCCUGGAGUAUGAUGAUGAGCUCAAGGCCUUUGCUGUGAAGCUCCGCCUCCUGUCACCCAAGGCCUAUGACUACGUGCGGAGCAGCUUCAAGCUGGCCCUUCCGCACCCACGCGUCAUGAGGCUGUGGCGCGCUCAUGGCAAGGACGGUGAUGGUGGCCAGCCUGAGCCGCCCCCUGCCGAGGCGGGGGACGCCAGAAAGAGCAGGGACAUGCAGGCAAAGAAGGGUGUGGCUCCACUGCGGGCGAGGACCGUGAUCCAACAGUGCCAGUAUGCCAGGCUCCGAGUGAAACAAGAGGGGGGCGACUCCUAUGAGGAGUGGGUAGAGAUUCACAAGGGAAUGGUGGUCUACAUCUGCUUUUUGAAAGGGGCCACGGAGAAGUUGAUCCCAAAAAUGGUGAACGCCCUGCUGAAUGUGAAACUGUUUGAGAUGGAGCCUGGCAAGCAGGUGUCUGUGCUGGACCUGCCUGGGAGCGUGCUUGUUGUGCCCCAGGUUGCGCUGGGGGGGAAGGCCAGGAGGCGGAGCCUGCAGUACCCCAGCAGCAUCGACAGCUGGAGGGGCCUGCAGCUGUAUGCCAGUUUCAUAGCGCAGCUGGAGAGCCAGCUGCUCUCAUCCAGCAAGUGUGCGGAGGCUGGGGUGGUGGUGCGGUACGGGGUGUACGGAGAGCAGCAGGCGUUGGUGCUGGACAGUGAUGGACUCUCAACACACCUGAUGGAAUUUUAGACCUCCGUGCUCUCCCACACCACAGUGCUUUACUUUCAGCGGACUAAAAGACACAAUGAUGGCAUCCCCUUCUCUGUGUCAGAAUUAA